AUGACCUCCAUACAAAGUCAGAUUGAGGCCGCCGCGUCAAAGAACAGCGAGCUCCUCUCGAUCCUGCGCGAGACAGACCACGCACCACCUUCUCUUCUCCAGCAAACCCGUCUCCUCCAGGACCUCACGACCGAGCUACAGUCCUCGGCCAAACGCUGCCGCGACCUGGAGCGCCGCCGCGAGUCCGAGCUCAAGGAUCACGAAAAGUACCGGGACAGCGUGACGCGCCGCUUCCUGCACAAGGCCGUCGGUCGCUCAAAUCAAUUCGCCGACAAGGCGGCCAAGGAGGAGCGCGAGUACUUCGACGUCUUGCAGGCGGCGCAGCGCGAGACGAGCCUGCACGACUCGCUCAAGGAGCAAACAGACCAGGCGCAACAGGUCAAGACCGACCUCGAGCAGCAGGUCGCGCGGCACCGCGACGCGCAGCGCGCGCUCGAUGAGUUAUACGGCGGUAUCUUUGCGGGCCCGACGCAGGGAUUCCCCGAGGAGGACCGCAAAGAGCAGGACGGCAACCAGGCGCUGCAGGCGUACCAUGAGCACCGCGGCAAGGUCGAAGCCGAGCAGCACGUCAUUCAGCUGCUGUCGCAGGGCAUGCAGAAGCUCAAGUACGCGCUCGAGAAGAUGGAGAGCGCACUGAGCCACUCGCGCAUGGACAUGUUCGGCGGCGGCUCCAUGGCCGACGCCAUGGAGCGGAGUAGCCUGCGCAAGGCGGAGCAGGCCGUGGCCGAGGCCAGGAUGCAGGUGCUGCGCGCGCAAAGGAUGAGCCCUUUCGUCGGCGACUUGCCGGACGUCGACAUCGCGCAGGGCAACAUCAUGUCGGACGUUUUUUUCGACAACAUCUUCACCGACAUGCAGUUCCACGACAAGAUCAAGGCCAGCAGGGAGUCUGUUCGCAAGUGUGCUACUGUCAUGAACCAGCUGGGCUCGGAUGCGAAGAGUCGACUCAAUGCACUUGAGGACGAGCUCAGGGAGAAGGAGGGGAUUCUCGAGAGCACAAGACUGGCGUUGCAGAAGGAGAGGGAGGCCGUCUUUGAGAGGGUUCUCGGAGGGCAGUUGCCUCAGACGUCGUCAGCGAAUUCGAAUGCUGUCGAAGCUCCGCAGGGUGGCAAGGCCAUCGAGGCUGGGCUGGUUUAA